AUCGAAACUCAUUUCGCUCCUUCGACGACUCUCCCCUCGACUUUCUCGACCAGGAAGCAAAAAUUCCUUGCAAGCGUCGCCGACCAUUUGUCCUUGGGUGCAGGUGGAAUACUCGUCGGAAUCGAUUAACGACGGGUUACGCGAGGAUUCGCAGGAGAACGACGUGAGCUUCCAAAGAGAAUUGCAACUGAAUGAACUGAGGAAACGCAUGGCUGGAAUCCCUACCGCUUCUCAGGUCACCACAAAAGUCGUUAAGGAUGGGAAGGAACAGCAAAGUUCUACAGCAAAGAUCAGGAUACAAGUGCAAGAACCGGAAAACGAUUAUACUAACGCCUCAAACUCAGAAUACCAUAGAUACUAUAUCGAAGAAGACGUUGCACAGUCUGAAUUUAUCUUGCAACGGUGACUCAGUUUCCUCGUCGGAUAAUCUGGCAAACGGUAGCAGUGAGACGCUGCAAAAGUCGCAUUUAACGCCAGACGAGAAAUUAAACGUCAGCAAUGGUCAUCGAAGCAGCCCGGAACCAGAACAGCUGACAGUGAAGAAACCGAGUUACUUGGGCCUGGCGUGUAGCAUCAGCGGUUAUUCCGGGAUCAAUAGAUACGAUAGCAAACUCAGGGAAGGAUUUCGAUCGAGGGACAGUAGCCCUGGGACCAGGUUGAUCACUCGAGACACUAGCCCAGCAAGCUUCAGAUCGAACGAAUAUCUCAACGUACCAUCGCAUCCUUAUCCACCCAAGAGCCAAUCAAUUUCGCCUCUAGCUAUGGACAGACAAAACGGUUUCUCGAACGGUUUGAAGGAAGAGUGCAAAGUGGAGGCUUACAGGGAAUCCAGAAACUCGAUAGGUAUAUAUCAGGGUUACUCGGAAGUCGACAAAGGCGUGUUGACGACAUUCCCUGAAAUUAGUCCGGUCAUAUCCUCUACCCCUACGAAACGUAGUCCCGGAGUUUCGCAGAUGAUGUCUUGCAGCCAACAGAAUAAACAUUUCUCGGUAACAACUUCCCCGAAGCGAGAUGCCGCCAGUCUCGCGAACGCUUCGCUCAACGAGACGAACGUAUUGAACGGGUCGUCGACGGAGGAAGUGGGUAGUCAGGUGAUAAGCAACACCCCGAGCAGCGAGAAAUCCUUCAUCCAACAGCGAGUGGAACGGUUGUACGGGCCUGGUGCACUCGCCCAGGGUUUCUUCUUCAAACGCAGCACCACCAGACUGAACACUAGCGACAACGUUUCCAACAAGUCUAGUAACAACAACGAUGUGUCGGUGGAGAACGCAAAUACGGAGGAAUCGUUGAAGAACUUGCCCGUGUUGAGACACCUGAGACCAGAGUUUCGAGCACAACUUCCUGUGGUCAGCCCUAGAAGACCUACGGAUGGCUCGGAACAAAUUCUCAAACCUCUGCAAAGGGUGUCGCCAGUAUCUCGAAAGGUGGAGCAACCAAAAAUACCAGCUGCUACGAAUUUAGAUGGGAAUUUGACCGAUAGCAACACGCAGGAAUUAAGUUCUAGCGUGACUAGCAUCCCGGAUCAACAGCCAGCUGCGCCAAAAGUAGUCUUACCUGUCUUAGAAUCGAGCGCCAGCUCGACAAAUGUGGCGAAACAGGUUCAGGAGGCGGAGAAAACGGUCGAAGAGAAAAAUGGACAUUACUUUAUGAAGUUGCUGAAACAGGAGACGGACAGAUUACUCUCGUUAGCUGCGUUAGCGGAAGCGGAAUUGUCCAGUAGCGGCGAUACCGUUCCACUUCCGGAAGAGGCGGCAGGAAAAUUGCGCUCAGCUGCUGGCAAAGCUAGACUGCUCGCUUCCCAAAAGAUGCAACAAUUCGAGGGACUAUGCCAGAAAAAUAUCAAUCAGGUACCCGGCGAGGAAUUCCCAACGACGAACGAAGAUCUGGCCGGUUUCUGGGACAUGGUGAUGUUACAGGUGGUCCAAGUAAACGAACUAUUCGAUCAGAUAGAAAAAUUGCGCAGUUCUCAUUGGCAAGAGACCGUACCAGAAAAAAAGACGAUUACUUCGAUUCCGCAGAAUGGUACCACGGCGAAACGUCGCGUCCCACCAAUUCACAAAUCAAAAUCGACGGCCAACAGCGAGGCGAAUAAAAAAGCAAGGGAAGCGAGGGAACAGGCUCGAAGACAAUUGAUCGAGGAGAAAAGACGAGCGAUGCGCUCGAAUGCGCAAAAUUCCGAGAAUACCGUAAAGAUCUUCGCCCCCGAUACGUAACGAAAAAAAA